AUGACAACCAUCAACGCGCACGUACAUAUGGAACCGGACGACAAUCCAGUAGAAAUUGAAUCAUCUGAAGUUCAAGACAACAGUUCUUCAACGGAUAGCCUGAGAGACUCCAUCUUUGACUUUCGCCGGGAAAAUGGACGAACAUACCAUAAAUACAAGGAGGGAAUUAACACCAUAUCUGUUUCGCUUAGAGUACAAUCUGCCCAACGAUACAGAAGAACUCCAGCGAUUGGGUUAUUGGCGUUGACUUGUCGCCUGUUCAGUCAAGCUUUUGAUAGUGUGCCUGCAAAUGUCCAAUUCGAGCUUGACGAUAUUGAUGAAGACUGGACGUACAGUGAGCCUUUCGACUUUGUUCACAGCAGAUUCAUGAAUUUUAGUGUACAGAACUGGAAGUCGUACCUCACCAAGAUCUAUGAGAACCUCACUCCAGGAGGUUAUGUCGAACUGCAAGAUGUAGAUGUCAUAAUGGGCAGUGACGACGGAACCCUCAAACCAGACACAACAAUGUACAAGUGGUGCCAACUCCUCGACGAAGCCGCCGGGACAUUUAACCGAUCAUUUGAAAGAACAACCAACUUCAAGACCCUCUUGCAAGAAAUCGGUUUCGUUGAAGUAGUAGAGACACGCUACAAGUGGCCUACCAAUGGUUGGCCCAGGGACAAGAAGUACAAGGAGCUUGGUCACUGGAAUAACGCCAACGCAAGUUCGGCACUGGAAGCAUUGACUAUGGCGCCUUUUACUAGGGGUCUUGGAUGGAGUCGUGAGGAGGUGGAAUCUUUCUUGGUUGCUUUGAAGAUUGAUUGGAAUAACCCCAAGAUCCAUGCUUAUUGGCCUAUUUGUGUGACUUAUGCUAAGAAGCCUGAGGCCUGA